AUUGCAGCGAACACUUCUCAAGUUUAUUGGUAUAGCCAUAUAGCAUGCCUUGAUGUUCAGGAUGUUGCUGAGGUCAGGAUCUAUGCACAGGUAGGCCAAGAACGACAGAGGGGAUUCUUUGUGAUCAAUUCAGAUACUCCGGUCUUCCGAGAUCAAAGGUGGGAGCUUCAGUGGCAGAAAGCUGGAGGAGGAUACAUCAUCAAGAACCUAAAGUCUCAACGUGCAAUCUCAGAUGGACCAGACGGGCUCAUGGCGACAGUGGAUUUGCAGCCAGGUUCUUUUUGGUGGAUCAUCUCUCAACAGCGGGAUGAAAUAGGCAUGGAAUUGGCCAAACUGGAACAGAGUGACGUGGUUCAGCAGUUCCAAUGUCAGGACUACCAACCUGGUCGUGCAGAGGAAGCCUCCAAAAGGUUUGGCAUUGCAGAUGGCUUGGAGGUGGUGGAAACAGAUCACAAGUUCCUUGCUUGCUCCAAGCAAGAUGAGACAACAGCUUUCUCAGUUUUCUCAUUUUUGGUGGAUUUUGCUGAUCCAAAUUGCAAAAGGAUGGACCCGGCAUGGUUUUCCAGCUCCACUCCACAUUUCCGUUAGAAGACGCAAACAGAAAAGCCACCUUCCGGUAAUCACAGUGGCUUGUUGAACAAUUGCACAUCGAGUACGUGAUUUGAAGGCCGCUUGUGAAAACGGAUGAAACUUGCGUUAUGGCCAUGGCGCAUUUCCUUUUGGGUGCAGCUAACCGUUCUUGUGUACGCAGCAUAUUGGUGGUGGAAAAAGAGGAGGAGGCCGCAGAUUCUGGUUACGCUCAGCUCAGCCUAUGCGCGGGACGUUGUUCUUGCAGCUGCCAAAGAGUUGGGCAUUACAAUAGGCCCGGCAUCCUGUGAAUGGGCUGACUUUGCCAGACUCAACUGGGAUACGUUUUUUUCCGAUGCUACGACUUUGCACCGACGCUCAAGCCUCUACUUGCGCGCUUCGUUGGUGCGGAAGGGCAUGUUGGCAUACUUCCUAGCCAAGAAGGGCGUGGUUGAUGUGAUGCCGAAGACGCUGAUUGCCGACAUCGAAGAUCAAGAAGAUUUGGAUCAUUUGCCUCGUCGGGUGUCAAAGUGGAUGGGCAAGGAAAGUACUGGGGAUCAGCUCGCCAAAAAAUCGGUAGAAUCCGGCUUGGUGCUGAAAGCUUCAAAUGCCAACCGCGGAGAGCACAUUUACUUAGUGCAAAGUGCUGCGGAAGUUUCUGCAAUACAUUCGUCUGUGCUGCAAAAUGUGACCGAAUGGGUAAUUCAGCCUUACCUGAAAUCUCAAUUGCUGGAUGGUCGCAAGUUUCAUGUACGCUGCCACUUUGUAGUGGUUGGAUGCCCACGGUGUGGUGCAUCUAGAGCUUGGCUGCAUGAUGAGGCAGUCAUCCUUCUGGCUUCUCAACCAUUUACUGAAGACCUUACACAGAUUGCCGCCCACUUGACCAACAUGUGCCAACAAGAGAAACACCCAGACUACAAUGAGGGAAGACAAAUUCUGCUUCUCAGCACAUUGAAGGACAGCAAGAUCCGUCCUGAAGAAUUGUGGCCACAGUUCACGCGCCAUCUCUCUGCCGCACUUGGUGCCGCUGAAGCUGGCCGUGCUGGCUGGUCACCUCUGCCACAGUGCUUUGAGCUUUUCGGAGCAGACUUUCUUCUUGAAGAAGGGCAGCAGCCCAAAGCAUGGCUCUUGGAGGUCAACGCCGGUCCUGAUUUGGCGGUCUUUGGUCACAAGCGCUAUGCAGCAAAACGAUUGGUCAGGGAUGUUUUGGAGACUGCUGUGCUGCCGUUCCUGCACCUCAAAGAGGAGCCAUUCUUACAAAGCGACAGGUGCUUCUGUCAAGUUGCAAAGGGAGGAUUCUUUUCGCGAGAGCUUUGGUCUCAAGCAUCGACCACCGCGUCACCUCUUUGCGAGUUGAAGGCCUUUCAACGUCGAUUGGAAAAUGCUGCGCGGUUGGCCAAAGAGCUUCAUAGCAACAGCAAGUUGCCACUGCGCGGACCGCAAGGCGAAGUAGCGAGCAGGCAGUUGUAAAAGGUCUCAUGGAAAUGGAAGGGUGGCGCGGCUCCUGUAGUAAUAAAGCGCAAUGACUCAAUUAUUUCAUGCUGUUAUAUGUAUUUGAAUGUAUUUGAGCUCCAUAGGAAGCCCGCUCAAAAGAAUACAAAUACAUAUGCGACAUCAUUGGCGGUAGCAUUGUUUUUACAUUGCCACGCGAAACACAAAGGUCCUCAGGCUCCAAGAGUCAACCGAGGCUUGCUUUUCUGGCAGUUCCUUGGUCAAAAAGUCGACAGCUUGAAGCAGGGGGUGCUGCCAGUCUUGGCUACUGUAAUGUAUUGUGUGUGUCAUUGUAUUUCUACAGGUUGGAGGCCAUUGCUAUAAGGUCGGAGUAAAGCC